GCGGGGGGUGACGUCACCCGCCCCGCCCCGCCCCCUCGCCGGCUGCUGGGUGCCGGCGCGCGCUGCCCUGCGCCCGCCCGCACCCGAAUUCGCCCCGGCCAUGAAAAUCUGGAGCUCGGAGCACGUCUUCGGGCACCCCUGGGACACGGUGAUCAAAGCUGCGAUGAGAAAGUACCCCAACCCGAUGAAUCCAUGUGUGGUAGGAGUAGAUGUCCUCGACAGGAGCCUUGACAACCAGGGGAGGUUGCACAGUCACCGCCUGCUCAGCACAGAGUGGGGAUUGCCGAGCAUUGUGAAAGCGAUUUUAGGAACAAGCAGAACCCUGACUUACAUUGAAGAACAUUCUGUGGUAGAUCCAGUAGAAAAAAAGAUGGAGCUUUGCUCAACUAAUAUUACUCUCACAAACUUGGUGUCUGUUGAUGAGAGACUGGUUUACACGCCUCAUCCUGAGAACCCUGAAAAAACUGUGCUAACGCAAGAAGCAAUUAUUACCGUCAAAGGCAUUAGCUUGAGCAGUUAUUUGGAAAGCUUAAUGGCAAACACAAUAUCUUCUAAUGCCAGAAAGGGGUGGGAUGCUAUUGAGUGGAUAAUUCAAAAUUCUGAAAGCGCUCUAAGCUAGCAGUUCUCCACACCUGCAGUUUGCACUAACUAGUGGGUCGAGACGCCCUGGAGUGGGUGAUCAGCAAACUAAACACAGAACUGGAGGAGCUGAAGUCAACGCGCGAGGGCGUGAAACCAGCCAUGGCAGCGGCAUCAGCAGAAAAAUAAAAGCCAAAAGUACCAAGUAACUGACAAAAAAGAUAUAUUAUUCUGCCGACUGCUUUAUAGAUCUCCCUUCCAAGGCUGAUCUGCAUAGUUUUUAUACAUUUGUAAGAACAUAGGAUCAGCAGAAAAGUAACCUCAUCUUUCAUCUCCACAGCAGCUUCUGCAGCCUACCGAAGGCUGAACUGACCACCUGCAGAUGCUCUUUUCAUGUAAACGAUUUCUUUUAAACACUGGAAACAAAAUGUUUAGCACAUUUAAAACUGCCUAAAUGUGCCUUGUGUAACAAAGAUUGAGAGUAUGUUAUAUUUUACACCAUCUCGGUUUUUCAUACUGAAACUUGAAAAGAACUCGUGUUUGUUGAGGGUUCUCCGCGCGAGCAUUUGUUCUGUGAAGGGCCCAUGGGUACUAGAGCACUGAAUUUUGUUUGGUUUGUAACCUGGCAGCAUCUUACAACCAUUUAAAGGGAACUACAUGAGACAGGACGUGAUACUCUAGAGCAAGAUACCUAUCUAGAGAAUCAUCCCCAAAAGCUAACACUUGUGUGAUGCUAACUCUUCUUAUGUUGUUUAAAUGUACUGUCUGAACGUGACGGAUGCUUUACCUCUUAGAUGUUUAUAUCCCAACGAAGACAAAGUUUCUGUCGAUGUUUGAUGUUAAUAGCCUAAACAGAUGGUUGUUUUUUUUUCUUUUGGGGGGAGGUUAUAAUUUAUGUUCCUAUUUAUUAACUUUCCCUAGUUCCUCCCCUCACUAGCAGAAGAGGAGUAGUAAUUCCUGGAAGGUGCUGGAAAAUACUUCUCUUAUUUAGCUGUAAGAAGGGCACUCGUAGGCUACUUGAAUGAAGAGGCUGUGCUGUUCCACUGCUCCUUGCUCUUCACAGAAUGUCUUAACUGAGGAAGAGACUGAUGCAAUAACCAGAAGAGUCGAAAUAAGCAGGAAGUUUGAAAUCCGAAGGGUGAUGUUUCAUAAACACGUGUUUUUCAUGUCCUAAAAGGAGAAAACAAAGAGCACAAGAAAAACAAGCGGACUCUCCUUUUUGAGUUCUUUCUACAAACUACUGACUACUAGCGUAACCGAUCUUUUCAACACUUUGCCACAUUGGUACAAAUGUUUUUAGAAUUCUUUUAACUGCUUCUCGUUAUCUGGAAAAAUACCGCAGUAACUAUUGAAAUUGCCUCUCUUAAAAUAUACAGAAAUAGAUACUGGAAAUGGGUACCAGCCUUUGUCAGAAGUUCACAAAGCUUUCUUACUCGGUCAGGUGUAGUAUGUGUUUCUUAGACAGCCCUCUGUUGGGGCAUUUUAAAUUAUUUUUUUGUGUGUGCACAAACUGAAAUAAAUGUUGCAAGGAUGUUUACUUGUUCAAGUGGCAAACCGUGUGUUUAGGAAGCUGUUAAAGAGCAUGAGUAACUUCUUUAAAAAAAAAAAAAAGAGUAAAAUGUGGUCAUUGUUUUGAUCUGGUCAUUUAAAAUGUCUGUAGCUUAAGGGAAUCUCAGAGUCUGCGUUCUGUUUAGCUUGAAAGUGAAUAUUAAUUUGGCUGUCAGUAUAGUCAAGCUAAAUUACAUGAUCCUAAUAAACUUAAGGUAUAUAUCUAGGUAUUAGUAAAAAGUAAUGAAAUGAGUAGCUGAUAUUUACAUUGCUAUUUUUAUACGGACCUUAAGCCUUUCUCGUUUCGGAACAGAAACUUAGACUUGAAAGUCUGCUGAUAGCAGCUCCUUUCUGGAAGAUCUGCUGGAUAGUUGUGGUGCAAGUCAUGGUCAUGCUUCCCGGGUGAGCAACGCCACUUCCUGUGCAAAGAAUGCAGAAGCUGUUGUAGCACCUUGUGAGGUUGGGCUAGCAAGGGGAGUGCAGCUAUUGCGAAGCUCUGCAUAUGAAAGGAUGAGUAAGUGUUUGUGCAUGUGGAGACCUGUACUGCAGCAUUUCCGUAUGUGCUGCUUGGAGAUGGUGAAAACUAAACUGUGAGGGAGUGGAAAAGGGUGUUUUUUUUUUUUUUUUUGAGGGGUUCGUGUAUUGCUUUGGCUCAGAAGAAGAAUUGUCUAAAGCUGCUUCGUACAUCAGGUUUGAAGUAAUUGCUUCGUGCUGUCUUAACCUGACUGAUUUGUACACAUCACCUUCAGCACUGGCUGCCCUCCCAGAAAGGUCACUGCGAGCACCUGCAUCGUGCCUGGGGCCAAACUUGUCUGCUCUGCCUUAGGGUCAGUACUAACUGUGCUUCUGUUUUUAUUGAUUACUUUGCACUUUGUUUCCUUCUUCCAGAAACAUCCUUACCUGCUUGUGUUGCAGCAUCUCCUUCCUGUUUUCAUUCCCUGCUGGUUUCUCUCCACAUUUCAUGCGACUCAGGAGCUAAACAGCAUGCGCUUGGCUUUCCAGUCUCUCCGCUGCUCCUCUUGCCACCGCUCAACACCUUGUCUUCUGGUGCUCAGCCCUCUGCUGGUCUCUAAGCUAAAUGGGAGAGGCGAAGCUUAGGAUAAGGAGGAGCCUAACUUCUUCAGAGGUCAGUUCUGGCAGCCAGCUGCCUCUCGCAACUGCCAGAAGAGUGCUGCUGUUUCUUUGGGGUAGGUGGCACUCCUGCAGCUCUGGGCUUGUUGCCCUUCCUGCGAUUGCUCACUUUGCCCGUGUGUACAAAGAGCCCUCGCAGUCAGUGGUCAUACUGCGACCAGGCAGGCUGCAGUGUUUAGCAGGGGAAGUGGCUCUUAAUUUCCUCUGAGCUUCUGUGGAGAGCUGGACUUUCUGCUUUCUGCUCAUUGGGUUUGCACACAGCUUUCGCUCUCCUGCUCUGACCACGUGAGUCUUGUCCGUGGGCUCUGAUGGGAUCAGCAGCUGCAUGUUCAGCCCUGCUGUACACAACCAUUUUUCAAGCAUGCCGCUUCCCACCCCAGUUCUGGCACUGUUAUAGUCUGAGUUUACCUUUUUGGGAAAAAUUUUUGGAAUUGCAUGUCUUGGUCUUGUACACCUAUCCUUCCCUAGAGAAGCUCCCAUCUCUUUUACUUACUGGUAAUGGCUACAACAUAUUUCUGAAGUUGGUUUUAUGUCAUGUCCACUGACCGAGUGUCAGAGGUGGAAAGCCACCAGAUGGGAGGUGCUAGGGAGAUUGCUGGGGCAGCUUUUCGUAUCAGUGCAGAAACAGCCUUUCCUGGAAGGAAAGAUGUUCAUAAAGCAGAAAUAGUGCUAACUCAUUAAAUUGGAAGGAUCUUGAAGUGCUGGGCACCAAGCAGAAGAAAGCUCAGCACGUGUGACCAUGAAUGGGUAGCAAGUGCUGUCUCGAACGAUAAUCCUGCACUUUGAGAGUUAGAAAUUGAAUGAAAGUAGUGUUUUGUGUGCUGGGGGAUGGAGGUGGUUUGCUGCAGUUCACGUGUUUCUCAACCACCAGGUAGCAAUUCAAGAGAAAGGGAGGUGGGGGGAUGUGUGUGUGGAGAGGAGCUUUGGUUUGAAGAGUGUGUCCUGCUUAUCCUGUGUGUGACCAUGUAAUAAAGCAGCGCUGAGAAAGAGGAACCUGAACAGUGACAUUCCUUGCUGUGGCAGUUUUCAUAUAAAUCCUCGAGCGGAACAGUUGGUAACACCUUUCCUAUUCUUGCAUCUUCCUAGACUGUAAGCUGUGAAGGCCAGGAAUCUGUAAAGUGUCUGUGUACACUAUGGUGCUAUCUUAAAUAAAAGAUGUCCUCUGUUAAAAAAAA